GUCAGAGAGGCGGAGGGUGAUCACACGGAGCGGGGUGAAGGGUCUCUGGGGCAGCAUCACUUUCAAACUUUGUCUCGGUGAUUUCCUGGAGCCUCCGAACGUUUGAACGGAACCGUUUGUUUACAUUUCACGGCUCAAGCGCAUGCGCUCCAGCUGGCUCGGCCGGUGUUCCCACACUCGGUCCAGUGAGUAGAAUGAUACCGAGCCGAGCCGGGACAGCGGCAGCAGCGGGAGCCUCAGCACACGGGAGCCGUCCGCUGCUGGUGUUACCGGGGGGCAGCGACAGAGACUCGGGGGGGAUGCUGGGGGCCAACGGGCCAGGUGGACCCAAAGGUGUGAGCCCUCUCCAGGCCGGCAUGGUGGCUCUGAACGCGGGGGUGGUGCUGCCUCACGGAGCCCGCUUUGACCCCGACAGAGAGAGACUGUGCAGCGGCUCCGAGAACGAGUCUGACUCGGGGGACGAGGAGGAGCUGGGGGGGUCACUCGGGGACAGGAGGGGGGUGAAGCGGGAGAGGGGGGAGCUGGAGGCGGCGGGGAGCGGACAGGAGGUCGGGGUUCCUACCGGAGGGUACGGCAUGGUGCCCGGAGGGGUCGUCGGGGCGAAACCUGGGAAGAAGACACGUGGGCGGGUGAAGAUCAAGAUGGAAUUUAUCGACAACAAGUUGAGACGAUACACCACCUUCAGCAAGAGGAAGACAGGUAUAAUGAAAAAGGCGUAUGAACUCUCCACCCUGACGGGGACGCAGGUUCUGCUGCUCGUGGCGAGUGAAACGGGUCACGUCUACACUUUCGCCACCCGCAAACUCCAACCCAUGAUCACGAGUGAAACGGGCAAAGCUCUGAUCCAAACAUGCCUCAACUCGCCUGACUCGCCUCCUCGCUCGGACCCCUCCAUGGACCAGCGAAUGAGCGCCACGGGAUUCGAGGAGACAGACCUCACCUACCAGGUGUCUGAGUCGGAGAGCAUGGGCGACACAAAGGACACACUGAAGCCGACGUUCACGGUCGCCAGCCUCCCCGGCACCACGAGCGCCGCCCAGUCCACUGUGCCCACCACCUCCACCACCAUGCAGGUGAGCAGCGGAGCCUCGUUUCCCAUCACCAACUACCUGGCACCGGCCUCGGGCAGCAGCAACGUCAGUGCCAAUGGUACCGUCCUGAAGACCGCCGGGGCGUCUGCGGGGGUCAUGCAGCUUCCUGGCGGCUUCACCUUCAUGCCCGCAGGCACUCCUCUCCCCCCUGGCACCCCCACCAUUCCUCUGAGCCAGCUGCAGCAGCACUCCCUGACCCUCCAGGGCCAGCACGGUCCGGCCCUGGCAGCCGCCGCCCCGCAGCCUCAGCAGGGACAGCAGGCCGUGUUCCGCUUUCCCGCUGCUGUCUCCCUCACAGGUCCAGGGGUUCCCCAGCAACUCCAGGCCAUCCAGGUCCAUCCCAACACCCAGCCCACCUCCAACAGCGACAGCAGCCCAGAGAUCUCCCACACCUCCACCAACUCCACUGCCACAGUGAGUCUCCCAGCAACCAUCGUCACCUCGUCAGUGCCCACGUCUGUGGCCGGUCACAUGAUGUACCCGAGCCCCCACACGGUGAUGUACGCCUCCACACCAGCGCUGACUGACGGCGGGCUGGCCGUCCUCAACGCCUUCUCGCAGGGAACGUCGGCCAUGCACGCGCAGGCCCAGGACACGGGUGGUGUCCCUCAGGUGUUCCUCACGGCGCCCCCCGGUACAGUGCAGAUCCCCGUCUCGGCGGUGCAGCUUCACCCAGUACGGCAAGAUCUGCAUUUUACAAAUGGUGAUUGGUCAGCAGUCGAGCGGCAGCAGCAGUAACCUGACGGAGCUGCAGGUGGUGAAUCUGGACGCCGCACAGAACUCGAAGAGUGACUGACGGACGGCCGCCAUCAUCACAGACACAGAUCUAUUUAUUGCUGCCUUCCUUCAGUUUGACUUCACUCUUCUGAAUGUGACGUUAAAAUCGUCUUUACACAAUCAAAGGGCGAACAUGUGUGUCCUUCCUGCUAUGUUUUGGUAUAUAAAUAUAAAUAUAUAUAUAUUCGAAUGAGGCGUAGGAGCUCUGCCACUGCAUCCACCCGGUGGAGGGUCUCCUACGCUGUUAGACGGUGUUAUUUUUCAGCGUGUGAUUUUUAAACGUGUAUCUACAUGAACACACAGAGCGAGGUGCCACAGCUUCACACCAGCCAAAGAGACGUUUGUGUCUGAAUGUUCCAGUGUGAGCAACUCGUGCACGAGCGUGUGUUUGAGGGCAGGGUUUAUAAAUGGCGGGGUAACUUCUAAACGAAAAACAAAAAAAGAGACGUUUGGAAAUGUACAUAUUUUUUUUAAUUGAUAAACUUGUAUUUUCAGCCCAGUUUAGUUUGUGCGACGGCAUGUAGUUGUUUUUUACGUCGUGGUUUUGUAUGUUCAUGACAAUGAUUUGAGGGAUUAUUUACUUGUAAUUUAACACGCCGUCGUCUGCCGACGCGCUGUCUGCUGAUUUCACACGGAGAAAGAACGCCAGAGGCUUUUCUGAUGAGACAUUUUCAGACCGUUUAUAACAAGACGAGUCCCAAAUGUUAAAAAAAAAAAAAAUUUAAAUGCUCUCCUUUCUUCAGCUGACAUCUGACCCCGUUUAUACCUCACAUUAAGAUCAGAUUUGGGCAUUCAGAUACCUAGUGAUAAUCCUCACUGCUCUCUGUGCAUGCACCUCAGUAUCCUCUGAUAUGUGAGAGCUCAGACUACAUGCAGAGGAGGUCUGAGACGACUACACCUGGACUGGACUGGCAGUGUAGAUGCCUGGAGUACUGAUUUAUGUCCAUCCAGCCUCGCUCAGAGUGAUGGGAAUCUCUCAUUAGAGAUUUGGAUUACUCAUCUCAGCUCAGUAAGAAGAGUCAAUCUCUCUGCUUUGGUACCAUUUUGGCUUUUUCUGUCUUUAAAACAACAACAAUGGAAAAAAAGGAGGCUAGUUCUCCAACUAGAGUCGGCUCUAGUCUCAUUGAAAAGCCAUUUCACAUCAGAGACCAGGCCUUGGAUCCAAGUACGCUUGACCCCAAAGUCUGGUUAAUCUGAUUAUUCUGAACACAGAGCCUAAUGGCUCACAACCCCCUUGGGGGUUGUGACCCCCAUGACAUCACAACCCCCUUGUAACUCACAUCUUGAGUUGUCAUUCCAGUCUAACCAGUCCCACACAGGGUCUAUUUGCUAAGUAGUUUAUCAGUGUGUCCCUUAAAGGGGACUUAAUAUGUAAAAAUCACUUUUUAAGGCUUUUCUAACAAAAAUAUAUGCCCCUGGCCUGUUCACUAUCCCCUCUAGGACCAGAAAAAUCCAUUCCCUCCCCACCUUUCAGAAAAUGUUUGCUGAAACAAGCCAUUUGCAGAUUUUCUCUUCAUGAUGUCAUGUGGGGAGUUAGCCCCGCCCUCAAGUUUGGUUGGCCUUCCCUACUUAGAAGAAAGCUCCACCCUCCUCUCCUAAUCUUAAUCCUAAUCAGAGGUCUAGUAUCAAGUCACUGAAGACGGACUGUGUGAACGCACAGACUGAAGAGGAGUCACCUGGUAUCUGAACGCCCAGAACGUCAGCUAACUGAAGGUAUAAACCUGGUCUCUGCUGACACUUGUCCCAGCUGUUUGCUUUUAAAAUGUCAGAAACAUUCAGUGGAAGGUUUGUGUCCUUAAAGAGUGGAAGAGAAUCUGCUCAGGCAGAAGGGAAACAAGGAGAGGAUUGCAGUUUUAUUAGAAUGGACUUUCAGAAUAAGACAACUCUUUAUAUUUUGCAUUUCUAGAAUUAAAUCCAAAUUGUGAUGCGGUGUCCUUAUAAUUUAGUUUUCUUACCCAGUGACUUUGAGCUUUAGCUCCAGUCAGAACAGGUGGGUUAGAUUAGACUGGAUGGAUGUUGUUUUAUCUGGUACUAAUACCUGAAGUAAACCAGAACCCUAAUCUAAAAUUCAACAUGGAUCUCCCUCCUUGAUCCCCUCAUGCCGUGCACUGAUCCUUUUCUGUAUUAAAGUGAUAUUUAAGAUGUUCUCGAUCUUGCCUGGUGGUUAGUGAUAUGAAGAGCCAUGAAAUCGGAUACGACAAUUUUAAGAAAUUGACUUUAAAUCUGUUCUUGCUAAAACAGCUCCUGCAGAUUGUAAUCAGACUAUCAGAGAGAAAUCUGUGAUUUAACAAACACGUUAAAGAGCAAACUCGCCAUCCUCAUCAUCGGCGUUGAUCACGUCAGAUCGCUCUGAUUCACACUGAAGCAACGACUGACUAAAGCAUUACUGAUGAUUUCUGUAAGAACAAGGAACUCCUUAUUUAAAAAAUGACUUCAGCUGCUUUAAAAUGCUGACAUUCACUCACUGACCAUUUUAUUAGGUACACCGUGAGCAUGCCUACAUGCACUGUUUGCUGUUGUGUAAUCAGCUGAUCUGAUAUCUGUGUAAAAAGUACCCGGCAUGAUCAGACUAAUUCCCCUAAUUGGACAGAUUUAUCCCUCUCAUGUAUACUGUACAAGAAAAAAACUCACUAGAUAUCUGUGUUUAAAGUAAAUUUGAGCUUAUACCCUCACCAGGAGGCCGCCAUGUUUUUGUCUGCACUUGUAGUGUGAUGUCACUUGGCCAGAGCGCUUGUCGCCGUGCCUAUGAACGACCCGGCAUCGUCACAGCUCGGUCAUUCUUCCUUAGUUUUACCCCAGUAAACCUCCCUACACAACUUUGUCAGUGUACAGUGGAACCAUGCUGGGAGCUUUUCAGAAUAAAAGCAUUCAGUACAAACACAGGGAUUAUUUCCAAAGAAAUGCAAAGGUGGGCUUUUAUUUUGAAAAGCACAAACUGGACAUACUGUAGGAAUGUGGAAACAGAAAGCUUCAUAAAUAGAAGUUUGAGGAAGAACUUUAUCAAAGGGACGCAUCUUAGCCCACAGCCGAGGGCCAUACGGCAGUGCAGGGGUUAGCGCUGUUGCCUCAAAGCAAGAAGGUCCCUGGUUCUCUUCCCAGUCAGGGCCUUUCUGUGUGGAGUUUACAUGUUCUCCUGGUGCAUGCGUGGCUUCCUCCCACCACCAAAAACAUGCUUGUUAGGUUAAUUGGUGACUCUAAAUUGGUCAUAGGUGCAAAUGUGAGCUUGCCUGGUUGUCUGUCUCUAGCCCUGAGAUUGACUGGCGACCAGUUGAGGAUGUACCCUGCCUCUCACCCAAUGACAGUGGGGAUAGCCCCCCAUGACUCCCAAUGGGAUAAGCAGUAUAGAAAAUGGAUGGAUUUUAGUUUGCGGCCUUGAUCAGUCAUCAAGAAACAGAUUUCAAACAUAUUCUAUCAGUUUGGUUGUACAUAAUGGCUACAAGGUAAAUAUGGCUCUCUAUCUAGCAUUUUCCUGUCUGUUUCCACUGUUAAGUGCUCAUUGUGUGUGGGAAAAAUAGACCUCUAAUCUCUAAAUUCUCUGUGUGUGAGACGUGCGUAUCAGCAUGUGAGAUGCAGCCCUCUGCCAGUCUGAAACAUUCGGUUAAGGUAGAGUACGCUGAGGAUCUGGGGCCAAAAUAUGGCGGCCUCCUUGUGAGUUUAUAAGCUCAAAUUACUCAAAAUUCAGAUAUCUAGAGAGUUUUCAGUUCAGUACACAUGAGAGAUACAAAUAUCUGUCCAAUAAGGUGAAUUAGUCUGAUCAUGCAGGGUUUCUUUUAAAGGGUGUACCUAAUAAAGUGAUUGGUGAGUUGGAACCGAGCUGACGGCCGUUUGUACCUCAGCAUCAUGAUGACAGACUUGAGAGCCUUCUUUCUGCACCACAGUGCCUCUUCUCCACGUCGGGUUUCUAGUCACUGAAAGACGAGGGAAAUGUGGACAUUUCAGACGGCGCUGCACGACUCGGGAUCAGUCUCAAGAUCCUCGGAGGAGAAUUUAAAGACACGUGUCCACCUAAUGGUCUGGUUCAGUUCAGUUCUGUACAGUUAUUCGUGUUUCCACUGUCAGAAGUUGGAAAAGGUACCAAAUAAUUUGGUACCACCUUACUUUAUUGUCACUCUUCUGACUCAAAACUUAAAAUGCAAUUAAGUUGCAUAUCUGACUUUUAAAAAUGAAGCAUUUCCUGCAAAAUGAAGGGAAUUCUUUGAAAAUAGCCUCUUAGAUACUAUAGUUACACACUGGGAGAGAUGCAGUUCUUCCCGAAUCACCCAAUUUUCACCAAUAAUCGUGUCUACAGUCGAGCCUCCAGGAAUAUGGCGGAUGCCGUUUAGCAAAUCAGACGUCAGGGAUACAUGAGAUUAAAUGAUGACCCAGUUUAGGUCAAGUUAUAGUCUAAAAGUGCUGCAUCACUCGCCAACAGGCCAGCUCUAAAUGCCACCAUUUUCUCUGUUGUGUAACACAGUGGUUCUCAACCUGGGGGUCGGGACCCCAUUGGGGUCGCGCAAAACAAAGAAGGGGUCACCAGAGGCCUUUAAAAAAUCGAGAAUACUUUAGAAAUGAUUUUUUUUCUCACCCUAUUUUGUUACUAUUUUUUGCUACUUUUCAUCAACUUUCCCACUUUGGGGUCAUUUUUUUUGGCACUUUUCUCUCUUUCUGCCAAAUUUUAACCAAUUUUCAUCCCUAUUUACCAAUCAUUUUUGUCACAUUUUUGCCACUCUAAAGCAUUUUUUAAAAUCAAUUUUAAACCCUUUAC